GUUGACUUUUGUAAAUAUUAACCUUCUAUUUUGUGUAACUUUAUAAUUUCCUUUUCAAACCUAUUCUUUCAUUUUAUCUAGAAUGUCUGACGAUUCAGAAGAAAUAGAAAAAUUAAAAUCAUUGGAAAAUGAAUCGUUUGAAAAAUGUAUGGAAGAUACAAUGGAAAAUGAUAUUUUAGAAAAAAAAAUUGUUGUCUGCAAAGAUAGAAUAUCACAAUCGGAACCCUCAUUAAUUUAUUAUAACACAAAUGAUCCACAAUCAAGCUCCUCUGGCUCAAGCACUUCUACAAAUACUUAUAAAUGCGUAGACCCUAUAGAAAAUUAUUUUAUGAGAAAUGAAGAAGAAGAAGACGAACAAUCCCGAAUUAUUUGUGAGCCUUGUGUAUUGGAUGAAAAAGAUGAGGAACUUGAAGAAAUACCGGAUGUAGAAUGCACUUUAGCAAUUAUAAAACCGGAUGCUGUGAAUUAUCGUAAGGAUAUUGAGCGUAGAAUUUAUGAAGAAGAUUUCGAGGUGUAUCAAGCGAGAUGGUUGCAACUGAGCCCAGAACAAGCAUCAGAGUUCUACUCUGACAGUUAUGGGCAAAUUAAUUUUGCUCAUCUCGUUGCGUAUAUGUCUUCCGGACCAAUUGUCGCGAUGGUAUUAGCCAAGCAUCAAGCCGUUCAUGAAUGGAGAAUGUUAAUGGGACCAAAAGAGGUCACACAGGCCCAAUUGUAUUUUCCUGACAGUAUUCGGGCCCAAUUUGGAAAAAAUGACGAUGAAUUUCAAAAUGCUGUUCAUGGAAGUAGUAAUCGUGAGGAAGCAGAAAAAGAAAUUCACUUCUUCUUUCCCGAAUUUAUUGUUGAACCUAUACUCAAGGGGCAAAUGGCUGUCGAUUAUUUAUGGGAAGUAAUUAAUUCAGUCCUAGUAGAAGGUUUAAGCGAGUGUUGCAAAGUGAAACCGGAAGAUCCGAUUUUAUGGUUGGCAAAUUGGCUCCUUACGAACAAUCCUUACAAGCCAAAAAUGUCCACGGAACUAAUGAUGAUUCCCACGUAAUUUAGUAUUUUUUCCAAAAUAUUUAAGAAACAAAAAUUUAUCUCCGUGAGAAAUGAAUAAUAAAACAUAUUUUUUGUAUUAAAUAUAUAGCGGAUAGUGGACAAGAGUGUAUCAUUUCAGUUUUCUAGAAAAUGAUUUUAAAAACUCUAAAUAUAAAUGAAGUUUACGUAUACCGAUUUAUUUAUAUGAAAAGUUUGGUAGCAUUUUUAUAAUUCAUUUUCCAGAAAAAUAAAAUGUUACCCAUAAAUAAUAAAAAUA